AUGGAUAAAAAGCAAUACUCAAAAUCAACUGCUAGUGGAUUUUCUUCAUCGUCCACAACAAAUAAACCAAAGAAAACAUCAUCAUCAUCAACAACAGCAGCAUCAGUAUCAACAUCAACAAUGGGCAACAAGCAAUAUUCAAAAUCAACUGCUAGUGGAUCUUCUUCAUCAUCCACAACAAUUAAACCAAAGAAAUCAUCAUCAUCAACAGCAGCAUCAGUAUCAACAUCAACAAUGGGCAACAAGCAAUAUUCAAAAUCAACUGCUAGUGGAUCUUCUUCAUCGUCUACAACAAAUAAACCAAAGGAAAUAUCAUCAUCAUCAUCAACCGCAGCAUCAGUGUCAACGAUGGGCAGAAGUGCUGCGCUUCCUCAACCUGCUCGUCGAAUUAUUCAGAAUUUUCUUCUAGUCUGGCUCGAUGCCAAUGUUGACGAGUCAAAGGAAGAUUUCCAAAAUUCGUUAAAACAAUUACGACGAAUUGUAGCAUCCAUUACAACAUUCACCGAUGCUCAACAAUGUUUCGAUUAUCUUAGCGGCAUUACUAAAGAAAAAGCAUUUAUGAUCGUAUCGGGUUCACUUGGACAGAAAUUUGUACCAGAAAUGGAAGCCAUACCACAAUUAGAGUCCGUGUAUGUUUUUUGUGGUAAUCAAUCUUAUCAUGAACAAUGGGCCAAUAAAGUACCAAAGAUUAAAGGUGUAUACACAAAAAUUGAACCAAUUUGUAAAGCCCUAGAAAUUGAUCGACAACGAUGUGAUCAAGCUAUGAUCUCGAUCAGUUUCAAUGGUCUUGAUGCAUUGUUUAUGUACACACAACUUUUGAAAGAAGCAGUCUUAGAAAUCGAAGACGACGAUGCCAAAUCGAUUAAAGAUCUCGUAGAAUACUGUCGUCUUCAAAAUGAUAUUGUUGAUGAUGAAAUUAAAAAGGUACAACGUGAAUAUCGUGAUCAAACACCGAUUUGGUGGUAUACGGCUCCUUAUUUCAUGUACUCAAUGCUUAAUCGUGGUCUUCGACAAAUGGAUGUCGACAUUAUUCUUAAAAUGGGCUUCUUCAUCCGCCAUCUACAUCAACAUAUUACAAACUUACAUCGCGAACAGCAAAAUAGCAAAGCAGCCAUGCCAUUGAAAUUUCAAGUUUUUCGUGGUCAAGGCUUAUCUAUGGAAGCCUUUGAAAAAAUGAAGAAAACCAAAGGUGGACUUAUGUCCUUUAAUAAUUUCUUAUCGACAAGUCUUAAUCGUGAGAUUUCUUUCAAAACCUUUGCACGGCCAGCAGCAUUCGAUGCGGAUUCAGUUGGCAUCCUUUUCAUUAUGAACAUCGAUACGGCCGUUUGCACAGCUUCAUCGACACCUUUCGUCAACGUCAAAGAUAUUGGCUUCUUCAACGAUAAAGAAGAAGAAAUUCUUUUCUCCACUCAUACAAUUUUUCGCAUCGAUCGUAUAGAACGUAUUGAAGAUAAGCAUACCGAUCGUCUCUGGCAAGUCAAUCUCGCCCUCGCUGGUAAUCAAGACGAUGACUUUAACAAAUUAACAGCACAUUUACGCGAAGAAUUUACAUGGACCACAGGAUGGUCUCGAUUUGGCGAUAUACUCAUUAGAAUGGGUGAGUCUGCAAAGGCGGCACACCUCAUUGAGCUCCUUCUCGAAAAAGCCUCUUCGGACAGAAAUCGAGCGAAUUAUAGUCAUCAACUUGGUAAGGUGUAUGAUAACAUGGGCGAGUACUCGAAAGCACUUUCAUCGUAUGAACGAGCACUUGAAAUCUGGAAAAUAGCUCUCCCUCCGAAUCAUCCCGACUUGGCUGUUGCCUACCUCAACAUCGGUAAUGUGUAUAAUAACAUGGGCGAGUACUCGAAAGCACUUUCAUCGUACGAACGAUCACUUGAAAUCCGAAAAAUAGCUCUCCCUCCUAAUCAUCCCGACUUUGCUCAAUCCUACAACAACAUCGGUUCAGUGUAUUAUAACAUGGGCGAGUACUCGAAAGCACUUUCAUCGUAUGAACGAUCACUUGAAAUCAAAAAAAUAGCUCUCCCUCCAAAUCAUCCCGACUUCGCUCAAUCCUACAACAACAUCGGUAAUGUGUAUUAUAAUAUGGGCGAGUACUCGAAAGCACUUUCAUCGUACGAAAGAUCACUUGAAAUUCGAAAAAUAGCUCUCCCUCCGAAUCAUCCCGACUUCGCUCAAUCCUACAACAACAUCGGUAUAGUGUAUUAUAACAUGGGCGAGUACUCGAAAGCACUUUCAUCGCACGAACGAUCACUUGAAAUCCGAAAAAUAGCUCUUCCUCCGAAUCAUCCCGACUUGGCUGCUUCCUACAACAACAUCGGUAAUGUGUAUUAUAACAUGGGCGAGUACUCGAAAGCACUUUCAUUUCUCCAAAAAGGACUCGAGAUACGACAAAAAUCACUGCCACCAAACCAUCCGGAUAUUGCACACUCGAAAAGAAACAUUGACAUUGUGAAAAAGAAAAUGUAA